UCAUAAAAAUUGUUCCAUAUAUAUUUCACACUUUCUCCCUCCUCUAGAAGGGUUAAAGACAGAAGGUUAGGCAUGGCAGCGGACGUGAGCUCAAUGGUGAACAGCAGUAGCAAUUCAGAGAUUUUGAUCACAAAAGACUUGCUAGGAGGGUUUUCAAAGGUUAGUAACAAAGAUUUGGAUCUGGAAUUGCAAGUCACAAAAACUUGGGAUGUGCCUCUUAAUUUAAAGUCUGCAGGGAAGGUAUACUCGCAGAGAUGCAACUCUGUAAGCUCGCCAUUACCAUCCCUUAACAACACGAAGCAUCACAAACAGAGAACCACCCAAGAAUCAGAGGUUCAAGAUUCUAAUUCUCCGCCACUGAAGUUCUUGGAAGAAAGCUGCUUGGAAUUGAAACUUGUACCUUCAAGUCAUUUUGAAAGUGUUUGCACUCUUGAUAAGGUUAAGUCUGCUUUGCAAAGAGCAGAGAAAGAGACCAUGACUAAGAAGAGAUCACCACCACCAACCCCACCAGCCAGUGACAUUAAAGAAGAUGAGAUUAGCACUCCAUUCUCUUCAACAGGGAUAUUUGCUGCUGCUUGUCCUGGUUGCUUGCUAUAUGUGAUUACAUUGAAGAAAAAUCCCAAGUGCCCUAGUUGCAACUUCACUGUUCCAUCUCCAUUAGUAACAAAGAAGCCCAGAAUUAACCUCAAUGCUUCACUUUGAUUCUGUAAUCAUGUUUCAAGAAAAGAGGAGAACUAGUCAAGUCCUGUGUACUUUGAAUUCUUGAAAAUUAUGAUUCUGUGUAUGAAAAAUAGGUUUUUCCUUUUAUACAUGUCUUAGGCCAAUGUAGGAUAGGUGAAGCCCUGAUAAUUGUCUGAAUGUUUUGAAAAAAUUUUAUAUGAAGGUAAUAGAAUUAAAGACA